AUGGCUGAAAAUACUGGGGCUCGUGACUUGGUGGGCUACGGCGCCAAUGGGCUAGACCCCAAGUGGCCGAAUGGUAAAAAGUUAGCGUUGCAGUUUGUGCUCAAUUAUGAAGAGGGUGGCGAGAAUUGUAUCUUGAACGGCGACGUCUCAUCCGAACAUCUGCUGUCAGACAUCGUUGGUGCCUUGCCUUACAUGGGCCAGCGUCACAUGAACAUGGAGUCCUUGUACGAGUACGGCAGUCGUGCAGGAUUUUGGCGGCUGCAUCAUGCCUUCACAGUGCGUCGAAUUCCUCUCACCGUUUAUGCCGUAGGCCGUGCGCUUGAGCAGAACCCAGAGGUCGCACAGGCCAUGAAGGACGCCAAGUGGGAAGUUGCCAGUCACGGAUAUCGCUGGAUCGACUAUCAAAGUGUGGACGAGGCGACAGAACGCGAGCAUAUUCGUAAAACUGUUGCUGUUCAUGAGAAGCUGUUGGGAAAACGUCCGAUAGGUUUCUACCAAGGCAAGCCAAAUGUCAAUACUCGUCGUUUAGUGGUUGAGGAAGGUGGUUUCUUGUAUGAUUCGGACGCUUACAAUGACGAUCUACCUUAUUGGAACACAGAGUUUGGACGACCGCAUUUGGUGAUUCCAUACACUCUCACUAACAACGACAUGAAGUUUGUUUCUCUUCACGGUUUUAACUCUGGAGACCAGUUCUAUACGCAUCUCAAAGAUUCUUUCGAUGUUUUGCUAGCUGAAGGAAUCGCUGGACGACCAAAAAUGAUGUCGGUCGGCUUACACUGCCGCAUAGUAGGCCAUCCAGGCCGAUUCGCUGCUUUGAUUCGCUUCUUAGACGCCGUCCAGAGCGUCCAAGAUGUCUGGAUAUGCACGCGUGAAGAUAUCGCGCAUCACUGGUACAAUACACACUAUCCUAAAACUAUCGCGAAUUCAAAGCUAUGA